GUAGUAUUGUUUCCUGUUCGGGAAAUUUCCUGUGAUUUCACGAUAAGCGAUAAUCGACGAUCGGUAGUAGAUUAAAUAAAUCUUGGUCUCCCUAGUCAAUUAGUGUACGCUUGACAUUGUAGUAUACGAUAAAUUCUAGAAAUUUCAUAGAAACUAUAGUUAAAAAAAGAUUUACAACGAAUUCGGAAUUACUUGCUACGGAAUACAGCAUUCUGUAUACGUGUAGUCAAGUGCGCUACAUAUUGCAAUCAAUUGUACUUCACUUGUAUAUUUGAUAUAAUUUAACUAAUCGUGUGAUAUUCAAAAUGUCUUUGUUUGGAUCUCUAAUGGGCGAUUUCGAUGAUGAUCUUAUAUUUGGAUCUCAUAUGCGUACCAUGAGGCAAAUGAGCAGCAUAAUGAAUUCUUUUUUUACCGAUCCAUUCGGAAUGAUGGGUCAGAAUGCAUUAACUGAUACACAAGAGCGAAGUGGAGUACAUCACAAUGAGAUGCAAAUGAUGCCGUUUGCCUUUCCGACUAUGCCAGCUAUGAACUUCAAUAGAUUAUUCACCAAUUUCGAUAAUUUGGCAACAAAUGGAAACUGUCACUCCUUUACAAGCAGUUCUGUGAUGACUAUGGCCAGUGGUGCAGAUGGACGCCCACAAGUUUAUCAGGAAACAAUGUCUACAAGAACUGCACCUGGUGGAGUAAAAGAGACAAAAAAAACUGUAUGCGAUACAAGAACUGGAACAAAGAAAAUGGCUAUUGGUCAUCAUAUUGGAGACAGAGCUCAUAUUCGUGAAAGGGAACAGAAUAUUCAUAAUGGAGAGCAAGAAGAACAUGAAGAGUUUAUUAAUCUUGAUGAAGAUGAAGCUGAGAGCUUUAAUACUGAAUGGGAAUCAUGUACAAGACGAUCUGUAGGUGCAAUUGGAGGGGCACAUCAUAAUGCAUAUGCUAACUACAAUAGACGUCGUCCCGACAAGCAACUUGCUUUACCCGAUGCAUCAGGAAGAUAUAAGAAGCAUGGAAGAAAGUCUGGUAGAAAAAUGUGAUUACAAUACAUUGGCUGAAACCAAAUCUCUUGGUGCAUUCCUUCUUCAACUUUGUGUAUGCAUUAUUGAAAUAAAUAUAUGCAUGCUCAAUUAUGUUCAUAUUUACUUUCUAAAUAAAAGAAUUAUUCAACCUUAAUAAGAGUUAGCACCAUUACAUUGUUAGCACAAUUGUGUCGUUAGCACAAUUAAUAUUGUUAUCUAUUUACACCUAUUUUUAUUUAAUGCUAUGUAUGUAUAUGAAAAUGUAUGUAUGUGCUUUGUAGAAUUCAAUUUUUGUGUAUAUGUACAUUAUGUUAUACUGGUAUUACUUAUACUGGUAUUACUUAUACUGGUAAUGGAUGCUUUACUUUUAUGUUAAAAUAUUUUAAUUUAAAUUAUCAGUUAAUAUUUAAAUAUAUAAGAUUUAAUUACUUCAUCGAAAUAUUUAAUUUUUUGAUCACAGCAAAUUUGAAUCUGCUUAUAAGCUUUAAUAUUCUCAAGCAAAAUAUAAAUAAAUAAAUAAAUCAACAUUAUGCGUUCAUGACAUAGUAAAACAUAAAAAAGAUGUUUGUAAUUUUAAUUAUACAAAUUAUAUGUUUGUGUGUAUAAAAAUAUAUACAGGAUUAAUAUAAUGUACUAACCAUGGAAUAAAUUGUAUUGUAUAAUAAGUUUAGUAGUGUUUUAACUCUUUGCAAUCAAAGUCCAUGACAUUUCCAGUUAAGUACUCAUUUACUGUUGUUUAGAAAGUAAACUAUACCCAAUUUCUCUUAUUGUAUUGCACACGUAUUCUUAUAUACUGUGCAUAUGAAAUGUAAGUAAAAACUAAAUUUCAGACAUUUUAUCCAUUGGAGUAGGAUUUCCAAACAAUAAUUAAUUGGGCAUAUGUUGGGAAGUAAAUAUUAUUGGAGCCAAUAAAGUAGCCAUAAUAAGAAGUAUUAUGACUGCAAAGAGUUAACGAUGUAAAAAAAUUAUUAACAGGUAUCAUUUUUAUUACAAUUUCAUUACAAGUGAUCAGAUUUUCUUUUUUAGUUUAUGAUCUUAGAGAA